AUGAUUCCGUCAAGAAAGCGGGACGAAGAGGCGGCGACGAUUUCGUUCUCGAACCCGAAAGCGAAGGAGUUCUUCGUUGAUGGGAAGAGUAUUCCUGAUGUGAAUUUUGACGCUGGACCUUCGUGGUCGGGAUUGAUGCCAAUUAGUGGAGCGAAGAACGAGACCCGAAAGCUUUUCUUCUGGUUUUGGCCGACGAAUAAUGCGUCGAACGGAGAUGAGUUACUUUUCUGGACGAAUGGUGGACCCGGAUGCUCGUCGCUGGAAGGAUUCCUCCAAGAGAAUGGACCUAUUUCAUGGUCUUGGGGCCAGUCUCAACCAACUCCGAACAUGUGGUCCUGGACGAACCUCUCCCACGUCCUCUGGGUUGAGCAACCCGUUGGAACGGGCUUCAGCCAAGGUCAACCGAGCAUCGAGAAUGACGAUCAACUCGCAGAGCAAGUCAUGGGUUUCCUCGAACAAUUCCUCGAAGUAUUCAGCGAGUUGAAGGGGAAAAACUUCUUUGUAUCGGGCGAGAGCUAUGCUGGCUUCUACGUCCCUUACAUCGCAAACUGGAUAUACGAACAUCCGGGCCUCGACUUGAACCUCAAGGGAAUCUGGAUUGCAGAUCCGACACUAACAUACGGAGUCCUACAACAAGAUGUUCCAGCUCUCCGCUUUGUUCAGAAACACGCAGAUCUAUUCCCAUUCAACAGCAGCUUCCUGACCCAGCUGCAAAACAUUUCAGAUACAUGCGGAUAUACAGAUUACCUCGACCAAUUCGUGACGUAUCCUCCUGCGGGCCAGCUUCCCUUGCCGAAUGGAACAGAGGGAGGGUUCUCUGCUGUCGCGUCGUGUCGGCUUCAUAGUCCUAUACAACGAGCGAUCCAGAUAUUGAAUCCCGUGUUCGACGUGUAUCGCGUUUCUGAUACUUGGCCUAAUUUAUGGAGUGUCCUCGGCUUCCCGCGUUCCACGCAGGAAUUCAUUUACUUCAACCGGACGGACGUCCAAGAUGCAAUUCAUGCCCCACACAUCAACUGGAUGUCCUGCACAGACAACAGCGUCUAUGUAAACACAACGACUGGCAGACCAAUAAACGACCAGUCUAUCCCAUCCACGCUCAGUGUCCUUCCGAACGUCAUUGAGAAGUCGGAACGGACGGUCAUCGUACAUGGGCUUGCAGAUUUCAUUCUCGUUGCCGAGGGUACACGUAUUGCAAUCCAGAACAUGACGUGGGCAGGCGCACAAGGAUUCCAGUCUCCCAUUGAGCCAGAAACAUUCACGGUUGACAACUUCGGAAUCUUUGGUAGCGAACACUCGGAACGCGGUCUCACAUAUGUGGAAUUUGAGUUCUCAGGACACAUGACGCCUCAGUUUGUCCCUUGGGCAGCAUUCAACACAAUCUCGUUCCUCCUUGGAAGACAACCCUCUCCUUCAACCUAA